ACUAAACACUGAAGACUUUUUAUUUACAAAUUACGUAAUGGAUGAUUAUCUAUAUUACGUUCUUAGUCUCUGAAAUUUUCGAGGAUGUUGCUGGGAAGCGCAAAAGUUUGAACUUUGGCUUGUGUUUGGUAAAUCUGAACGAUAAUGAAGGCAGUAACAAUAAUAAACACUUGUUCUAUUGUCUCAAGUUUUGUUGGUUUGGUUUUGUCUUUAUACGCAUAUUCCAUCGAAUUAAAUAAAGAACAUGAUCCUGAUUAUCAAGCUCUUUGUGACAUUAGUGACUACAUUAGUUGUUCUAAAGUAUUUUUGUCUGAGUACGGCAAAGGAUUCGGGCUAGUGACGCAUCUUGUGGGAGAAGACUCUGUCCUAAAUCAGCCCAACAGCCUGAUGGGAAUAGUUUUCUACGCUAUUCUCAUAGUGCUGAGUUGUGUGAACAGCACCACAUGGACCAAAGUACUUGUGGCACUGACUGCCCUGUCCAACGUGACUUCUGUUUACCUGGCAUACAUUCUGUUUGUGGUCCUGCAAGACCUCUGUGUGGUGUGCAUAUCCACUUACGUUGUGAACUUCAUCAGUCUGCUACUGGCAGUGACCAAGCUGAAGAAACUGUCUCCCAAAAUUUCUAGGAGUAGCAGAAAGAGGAAGAAGAAGAAUUAAUUACUGGAUUAUUGAUAUAUAUUUUUAGGCACAUGCUGACUUUUGAGUCUGUGUCGAAGUUGGAUACUUGAAGGCAUGCCACUGUUAUAACUUUUCUUAAAUAUAAUUUGUUUGAUGUUCACCACUGAAUUUAACUGAGCUUAGUAAUGAAUAUAUUUAAUAGUUUGGUUCAUAGUUUGUAUAGUAACUUUAUGUUAUUCUUUCUAAAUUUUACAAUACUUGGUGUAAAUUAGUCUUUAGUACUUAAAGAGAAAUUCUCUAGCAUUUGUUAAGGGGACAAGUUUUACAGACAGGGCACAGUUGUUACAGGUUCUUAUUUAUAUUUUUAUUUAACACUUACCCACUUGCACUAACAAUAACUGCGUAGUCGACGAGUCCAUGCAAAGAAACAUUCACAUCGUGCCAACUUUUAUAAUUUGGGACGAGAGAGGAUAGAUGGAACCUAUCAUGUGUUUUCUGCCUCAGCCUUUGUAAUGUUGAGUGUCUCACCGUGAUCUCGCGGCUCGACACCGCGGCGUGCCCUAGCUAGGGCAGUCGUGGCCCAUGUCACAGCCGGUCUCCGCGAUGCAGUGUAGGUCGGAGCAUAGACAUCUCGUUUCUAUGAGCAGUUGCUGGAGACAAGAAUUUAUGGUUUUAUUUUUGUUCAAUUUUGUUUUUAAAACAGCAGAUUUUGAUGUUAUUUUUUUUUUUACAAAUUAAAUUUUGUAAUACUUAUUACUUAUUCCACCAAAAUAGUGUAACAUGUGUAUAUUACAUUUUUACGAUAAAAUAAUUUGCAAUAAUUUUGUCUGAAAACAGAUAGUAUUCAGAACCAAGAAAAUAAAUCUGCAAGCCUUUACAGCUUUAAAAGUGAUUCAAUAAGAGAUCUACGAUCAAACAAAUUAAAUUUUUUUUCUCUGAUCUAUGCAUUUUCGUAAAUACAAUCUUUGUAUAGAAUUAUGACAUUCCUUGAAUUAACAAACAUUAAAAAGAUUUUUUUGGUUGUGAUUUAUGUUUAGGGUAAAUGCUGCUUUAUUUAGGGCCGGUCUUACCAUCCCUUGGCAAGGUCCGGGUAAAAUUUAUCUCCUUGGCAAAUGACAAAAUGCGUCUUACCAUCUAUGAGUAGGCGUACCCGGAAGAUAAAUAAUUGUCGAUUUUACCGGGAGGUUGAAGCUCUGGGUAAAUCGCUACCCGGCAGAUAACUAUAUGAUCUGUGCGCCACAUCGUGGCGCGUUUAUUGCAAUGUGUUGAAUUGUGUUCAUUUGCCAAAACAUGGUGCAUGGACUGUAAUUUUCUUCCCUCGUUUAUCUAAUUGGCCAAAGCAGGAUUCGUCGAUGUCGUCAAUAAUGUUUGUGAGACUUUUGGAGACGAUGACGACGAUGAAGAGAUCAUUGAAGUAAUCAAUGCUUUAGCAAGAGGUCCACGUAUAUUUAGAGAAAGAACAGACCAUUUGAACCAAUGGAACGAUAAAGAGUUUUCAGCGAGAUUAAGGCUAAGUAAUGAUACAGUUCUGCACUUGGAAGAGUUUGACCACUGAUUAGAUCGCGAACAGAGAGGUGAUUGAUUGCUUUUACCAAAAAAAAUGCAUUUGUUUUUACAUUACAAAUGUAUGCUUAUGCUAUAUAUUCUGUAAAAUUGAAUGAAACUGAUAGGUUUAUAGGUUAUAUCGGACCAUAAAAUGUGCAUAAUGUUUUUGCAUUGUCAACAUCGCUUCAAUAAAAUAUUCCUGCUUUUAUUUUGUAAAU